AUGAAGUAUUUUUCUGCCAAAUAUAAUGGACAAGAAUUAGACCCAGAAUUAUUUCUUGUAGAAACUGAUGACAAUGAAGAAUUCGAUACCGAGAGCAGUGAGGAUCUUUUUAAUUACAAUGAAUGGAUUUUAAAUCUGGUAUAG